AUUGUGGGAGUAGCGGAAGUCGAGGAAGUUGUACAAUAGAUUGGAAGUGUUGAGGCUAGCGGCAGUGAGAGUGGAGCAGGAGGCACACGAGGUGUUCAAAGCGUUAAAUUAAACUCCAUGAAUAGAGUUAGAGAUAGUCUUCAAGGAAGACAGGAUUUCCGAGCGGAACACCAACUCCUAAAUACUGUGCUGCACGAGAUCUUACGAACAAAAACACUUCAUUAUGCAGUCGGACUGCAGGCUAGAAUGGCCACAUUGGGAAUGGUGAGGACAGGACCCAGCGGGGCCGGAGCAUUCUUCAUCAUCAUCAUCUUCAGCACUGGAGCCAGUCGAGCUCAGAAAGGGGAUGGCUGCGGUAACACCUUUCUGGGUCCCAGCAGCGGCACACUGUCCUCUAUCAACUACCCCCAGACAUACCCCAACCACACAGUAUGUGAGUGGGAGAUCCGAGUGCCCCCCCAGAAGAGGGUCCACUUCAAAUUUGCAGACUUUGACAUUGAGGACUCAGACUGCCACUUCAACUAUCUGAGGAUCUACAAUGGCAUUGGGACCAGCCGAGCUGAGAUUGUGAAGUACUGUGGACUAGGCCUGCAGGUUCCUGAGCUAAUCCAAUCCAGUGGGAAUGAGGUCACAGUCCAGUUCAUGAGUGGGGUACACAAGUCUGGUCGUGGCUUCUUCCUGUCCUACUCGACAACUGAGCACACAGAUCUGAUCACUUGUCUUGACAAAGGAGUCAAUUUCACAGAGCCAGAGUUCAGUAAAUUCUGUCCUGCUGGGUGCCAGGCAGUCUUUGGAGAGAUUUCAGGAACAAUCCCUCAUGGAUACAGAGAUUCCUCCUCUGUGUGCCUGGCUGCCAUACACGCAGGGGUGGUGUCCAACACCCUGGGAGGCCAAAUCAAUGUGGUUGCCAGCAAAGGCAUCCCGUACUACGAAAGAACACUGGCCAACAACGUCACUUCCACCAGUGGCCUUCUAUCCAACAGCCUCUUUACUUUCAAAACAAGUGGCUGCUAUGGCACUCUGGGGUUGAAGGCAGGUGUGGUCCGGGAGUCCCAGAUCUCUGCCUCCUCUGUAUGGGAAUGGAGUGAUGCGAUUGGCCAACCCAGCGUGUGGGGGCCUCCAGGAGCCAGGCUGAAGAAGGCAGGGCUCCCCUGGGCUGCUGCCCACAGUGACCAGCAUCAGUGGCUCCAGGUGGACCUGAAGAGGGAGAUGAGGAUCACAGGAAUCACCACCACUGGCUCCACCCUCAUGGAAUUCCCCUUCUAUGUGUCUGUAUACCGCAUUCUGUACAGCCAGGACGGCCAGAACUGGAAACCUUUCAGGGAACCGGACAUCGACAGGGACAAGGUUUUCCAAGGCAACACUAAUUAUCUGCAGGAAGUGCGUAAUAACUUCAUCCCACCGAUUGAGGCGAGGUUUUUGCGCGUGAGCCCCACACACUGGCAGCAGCGCAUCGCCAUGAAGCUGGAGCUGCUGGGCUGCCUGCCACAGAUAAGUGAGGGGCCUGCCAGGCGAGGGCCACAGACAGUGAGGCCCCGAAUCUUCCUUCCAUCACCCCCUAAACUGAGCACCGACCCCCCACUUCAAAGUGACAAAACCACGCUCACUCCAGAUAUCCGCAACACCACCAUGACCCCCAGUGGCAACAAAGAUGUGGCGUUGGCUGCUGUGCUGGUGCCCUCUCUGGCCAUGGCCCUGACUGCUCUCAUCCUGGCCCUGAUCUGCACCUGGCACUGGAAGAACAGGAAGAAGAGCAUGGAGGGAGUCUAUGACCUGCCGCAGUGGGAUCGUGCAGGUUGGUGGAAGGGAGUGAAGCAGCUCUUGCCCUCUAAGAUGGCGGAGGGGGAGGAGUCUGUGGUGCGGUACAGCAGCACUGAAGUGGCUCGGCUCAGGGGGGGAGAGAGCGCCCCUGUGCUACAGACUGAACCUGCAGAUGAAUCUUGUUCAACUUCUGCAGAGUACGCACAGCCCUUGGUCAGCGGGGCUGUGGGCACCCUGGGCCAGCGGUACCCUGAUUCUGACCAAUACGACGCACCACAGACAGAUAUAUACCAUGCCUACGCUGAGCCCCUACCAGCUUCCGGAGCGGAGUACGCCACACCAAUCGUUUUGGACGUUGCCAGCUACCCUGCCAGUGGGCCUAUGGGACAGCAACUAUCCAUUUCCUCCUUCAAGGGACGUGGCCCUGCCCCACUCCUGGCCAGGACAGAUGGCAACCAGUCAGGGGCAUGUCCGCAGUAUGACACACCCAAAAAUAUGCUGGGACAGGCCCCACCCACAGAGGAGCUGGUAUACCAGGUUCCACAGAACUGUGCCCAAAAGGGAUCUGAAAUCAGCUGAGGGGAACCUGCAAGGCGAUGGUUAAUUCAUGCAUGGGGUGAAGCUGUGCACAAUAACACCUAUCCCUCGAUCUGGAUAGGGAGGACCGUACGCUAAGGCGUAGAAUGUAGGGAUUUGGAGGGGGUACACGCAGGCCCCCAAACACAGAGCCUGCUGGGCUCCUGCACACACACAGCCUUAUUUAUGGUUUGAUAUAAAUAUGAAUUAUGUUUAUGAUAUGCCCACAUGUGCACAGUGUCAGUCUUUUAGGAUGUAGUGCCAUUCCAGUUCCAUCACUGAAACACAAGUUGUGAAUGUUCAUCACUAGAGCGCUCACUGCCAAGCACCAUCUUGGUUGUUCUUAUUGUGUGUUUGUUUUUGUUCAAUGUCAAACUGUGAGUAUCUUUGAGAAUUCUGACUCUCACACACAAACAUCCACCAAACAUGCUUUCUCUUUCUUUUUUUCAUCUCCUGCCCUCUGUUACAUCAUUGAGAAUGUUCAUCUGCAUUAGAUGCUCGAGUUUUGAAUGGAUGUUUACACUAAUGCAUAACUGAGACCAUGACAUUCAUUUUACAACUAUCUAAUUUUCUUGCCCCAAAUCAUUUGACAUUUAUGUUAAAGGCAUAAUAUGCAGGAUUUUUUACUUGAAAAUAUUAUAAAAUAACCAUGCUAACUCCUAGAUCUAUGAUGCACUGGCAAUCUCUGUCUUUACACACUUUCACCAAAUUUGUGCCCCUUUACCUGUAUUUGUUAUUCUAAAAUGUGUUCAGGGCAUUUUUGGGUGUGGUGCUCUUUUCUGUGUGGGGAGGGGUGGGUGUGGUUACAGAGCCUGUGGUUUGGGAUCAGAUUUCAACAGCGUGUUUGUUGCUAUAGCUAGCUAGCUAGCUGCUGUAAUGGCCCACAUACAGCGAAGCAAAAAGACAAGUCCACUGGGCUCGUUGAAGAACUAGAGUUACUGUAACCUUGCUUUUUCUCUGUAGCAUCAUAUAAAGUUUUCCAAGUGGAUGAGAAGUGACGCGGUGCUGGGUUGUUUUCUGUUGGACCUGUAAGUAACGUUACCUCUUACCUAUGCAGGGUUGCCAGAUAUCUGGUUUUUGACCAGAAUGUCCAGUUUUCAAAUAAUUUGUGGUCUUGACCGGACAAUGUAGCCUAACAUCCGGUCCAGGUGACUGAAGGGAGAAAUUUAACGGUAGUUUCUAAUGAAUUUGUGUGUUUCGACGGGUAAUUGGGCGUGAGUGCCAGAGGAGAGGAAACUUCUUUGAUAAACACAGGCUAAUAAAUCCUGCAUCGUCUGCCUUUACGAAGACAUGUCCUGACUUCUCCUAACAGGUCCUGGCUAUUUUUAUUCAUCUGUGUCCUUUGGUUACUGGAAGCCACAUAUCCAGCUAUUUACCUUUUAUUGAUUAUUUAUGUUUAUUUUCAUUUUUUUACACACCACCACUACUGAAUUCAGAACUGGCUUCACAGUAGACUAGGCUUGUUGUCAUGGUAAGAAAUGCAGUUGCCAGGAAAAUGGUUGCACACAUUGCCCUGAAUGUUUCACCUAAUGUUUUUGUGCCAAUAAAAUUAAUCAUUCACUUGAGUGUCAUGAGUAUCAAAACAAGAACAUUUAUUAAUUUGUGUGCCAAAUAAAAUUGAUAGGUGCAUGUAAUGAAAGCUAAUCCACACUGUUUCAGUGUUUCCUAUCCCUGUAGUGGAGUUGACACCCAAUCAUUUUAUAAUGGCAGUUUUGCUUAUCUACAACCUUAAAAAGUGCAGGCUUACAAACAGAAGCCUUGCCAAAGGCUCAGUAUUAAAUAAAAUAUGCAACAGAGUUAUAAAUAAUAUGCAUGUAAAAAUGCACCCAUCUUGUGUAUGUUGGUAUUAAUUUGUACUUUUCACAAUUAGAUGCAGAAAUAAUAACAACCAAAUUUCCAGUCAGUAAAUCAGUGUGUGAUAUCUAUGGCUAAUAUAGACUUGAGUUUUCUAGUGCAGAAAAACUGGAUCUUUUCAUUUUAGUUGUCAGUUAUGGAUAUUUAUUGUAUGGCACAUAGAAUGUGGAGGAUUGAUUUCAGUAAUAAGAGUGGCCUUGACUAGUUAAAAAAACAACUUUCAACUCUUUCUUCCUUUUCUGUUUUCAGUCUCCACACCUCCACACCAUGCAAAACAUUUUAUGCAUUGUGCUGUUGCGUCCAGCGCCCCUAGUUGCAUCCCUGUGAGCAUCAAGCUGUGGAUUAUGGUGGUUCCCAAACUGUGGCUCAUGGAUGGGAUUUAAGUGCGUCACAAGAAUACAGAUGACAUACUUUCACAUUAACACCAGCCAAAUAAACACUAGACUUGCUGCAUGCACUGCACUGGUUACAGUGUUGUCGCGGUUGUUCUGAAGUAACAUUUAAAUCCAUAUUUUAAUUACUUAUCUGCUGUUUAGUAACAGGUGUGUCACAGAAAGCGCAUCUCAUUAUUUGGUUAUGAGCCCAGUAAGUUUGGGGACCACUUGUUUGUAGGACAAGGUGCAGAUGUAGGGGAACGUCUUGAUUUUUUGUGCAUAAGGGGGAAGAGGAGCACAGAACGUACCUCAUGUUACCUUGGCAUGUGUUGUAGUCACUCUGUGUUUGCGUUUGUUGGUAGAAUCAUUAGAUUGUAUGGAGAAUAAAAGAUCAUAGUCAUUUUGAGAAUUUGUUUUAAUAAAAGUUUUAAGGAGAUU